UCUCUACGACGCCGACAUGUUCGCAGCAAUAACCUAAUGCUAUAUCUCAUAAAUCAACAUGAUAAUCUCAAACAGCCACAAAGAUGCAAAGGCAAACUUGCUUACAACACAAGUAGGCCAUUGUCUACAACUUUAGAUGCUUUUCUGACAAUUUAAAAGGAACACAUCUCUGCUCAACCUUCCCCUCCAUUCAUUCAGAGCACCCAACUCCUUGAAACUAAAAUCCACUGCCUCUUUCCUCCUCCACAUUGCAAACCUUCCAAAAUCCCCCUCCCUAUCAAACAUGCAGCAUGAUGCCAUAUCCAACAUUGCAUACCAUCCUAGCAUGGAUUUCACAAGCUUUUUCCUGCCGCAAACCGACGCUUACUCGCAUGAUCUCAGUGCAUUGCUGGACAUGGCUGUGGUUGAUCCAUACAUCAGCUGCAAUGGCAGCAGCAUCACCAUGAUUCCAGUGACUGAAGAUGAAGCAAAUGCUCAGCCGAUGAACCAUGGCAAUGACGAGAGGAAGAAGAGAAGGCUGGUGUCAAACCGUGAGUCUGCAAGGAGGUCCCGGGUGAGGAAGCAGAGGCGCCUGGAUGAGCUCUCAUCUCAGGUUUCAGAGCUUCGAGACACCAACCAGAGGCUUCUUGUUGAGCUGAAUCACAUGAUCUCCAAGCAUGCUCGCAUUGUCAGGGAGAAUUCCCAGCUCAGAGAAGAAGCUUCUGACCUGCAGAGAAAGCUCAGUGAGAUGAAAAUGGAAGAUGCUGAAGUAGCUGCUGCUGCUGCUGCAGCACCACGAACAUUAGAAGUAGCUUAAUUAAUUAUUUAAGCUAGUUCUAAUGUUCACUAAUUAAUUGCAGCAUAUCAUGGCUAGUAGCCUUGGAGUGUUGCAUACUGCAUAGUUGUACUACUAAUUAAUUAUAGGUGAAUAUUCUUUUUUUUUUAUUUUUAUUUUUCCUUUGUGCAAAGAGAGCAUAUAGGUAAUUCGAGACUACUACCUUUGUAUUUUGUACUAAUAUCGAUUGAAUUGAGAAUGGCUGAAUUCUCCUCCUCUAGAUAUGUCAAAAGAAUAUGACAAAAGAAUUUAAAGAUGCAUGUCAUUUCAUUUGAUAGCA